AUGAGCUCUACAAGACCACGAAGAACGGCGGCGUGGGAUGAAUCAAAUUAUGAUCCAAAUCAAGAUGAGGAUGAGGAAGAAGAAUUUGGUGAAGAAUUUGAGGAGGUAGAGGAGUUUGAAGAAUUAGAGGAGGGCGAAGAUGACGGUGUUGACAUGGACGUAUCAGAGGUAGAGGCAGGAGAGACCGAAGAGUCAUAUGAAGAGGAGGUAGAAAUCGAAGAAAUGCCAAGACGUAAAUAUAGUAAAUUUGAAACUUAUGAAGUUGAUUCGAUAGUUCAAAGGAAAUUUGAAGAAGGUCGUGAAAAGUUUCUGGUUCAAUGGAAAGGUUAUGCGAAGCCUACAUGGGAAUUACGUGAAAAUUUGGAUAAUUGCAGUGAAGCGUUGGAUGCUUUUUUUAAUUUAGUUAAAGAUGCCAAUUUUGAUUCAAAAUCAGAUACCGACUCAAAGCAUGAAAAUUGGAAAGUUUCUAUUAGGGAAGCUUUUGAAGCAAGUCAAAAAUUUGAUUAUGAAAUUUACGAAAAAUUCAUCCUUAGAAGAGGCCUUCUUGAAGUUGGUGAAGGUUAUAAGAUUGAAAAUGUCCCUUUUGAUAACAUUUCAAGUAGGCAAAAUAGUGGUUCUUCUUCAAAAGGCUAA